UAGCGUAGCGCCAUUUUCUCAUUUCAUGCAACCCCGAGCACUGCACAGGUGAGGGACCAAACCAACCCUAUUUCCCAUAUUUUAUUUGCCAAUCAGAGACAGAGAAGGAGGAGAGAGAGAUGUGUGUGCGCGCACGCAAAAACACUAAUAAAGAGAGGGUAUAGAGCUAGAAAAACCAAAAGAACUGAAACUCCUUCGUAGCUUUCAUUUGAAGAUAGCUGAAAACUCUCUGUGGCUUUACCUUAUCACACACCACAGUCUCUUUUACAAUGCUUCUACUUCUUCUUGCUUCUCAACACCACUAAGAACAACAUCACAAAACACUUGUCCAUGGAGUUUGACCUUGAAAACCCUCUUGGAAACUUCCACGACCUGCCCUGUGACGCUGUCCCUUCCCUCUUUCUCAUUGAAUCUGACCACAUCCCACCUCCGAAUUACUGUCAGUCUCUUAAAGCCACAGACUUUGACAUUUCUGUUAGAAGAGAUGUCGUCUCUUUUAUCUCGCAGUUGUCCUGCACCUUCGAUCCAGUUCUUCCUUACCUAGCUAUCAACUAUUUAGAUCGCUUCCUAGCUAACCAAGGAAUUUUGCAACCAAAGCCAUGGGCGAACAAGCUCCUUGCAAUCUCUUGCUUUUCUCUAGCUGCCAAGAUGUUGAAAACAGAGUACUCUGCCACUGAUGUCCAAGCUCUUCUAAACCAUGGUGAUACUGUCAUUUUUGAGACACAAACAAUACAAAGAAUGGAAGCCCUCGUCUUGGGGACUCUUCAGUGGCGAAUGCGUUCGAUCACCCCCUUCUCUUUCAUUCCUUUUUUCAUCAAUCUGUUCGGCCUCAAAGACCCAACAUUGAAGAAGGUUCUGAAAGAUAGAACAUCUGAGAUUAUAUUGAAGUCACAAAGAGAGAUAAAGGUUUUGGAUUUCAAGCCAUCAAUAGUUGCUGCUUCAUCCCUUCUUUAUGCUUCACAUGAGUUGUUUCCCUUCCAAUAUCCAUGCUUCUUAAGAGCAAUAUCCAAUUGUUCCUAUGUUAAUAAAGAAAGUGUGAUGCAGGGUUAUAAUGUCAUACAAGACAUAGUAAGAGAGGAGUACGAAUCUGUGUUCAAUGUGAAUUCAAGUUCAGAUACACCGGUUAAUGUGUUAGACGAGCAUUUUCUGAGCAUGGAAAGUGAAAAAACCAACGGAAUCAACGUUGCUUCCACUAUGAUACAAAAGCAGGACUUGAAGAGAAGGAAAGUCACCGAUUAUGGCAACAAUUGCACGGUCCAGUUUUCUCAUUUUCACCAAUGCUGAAGUACCAAAACUGAAGAAGAUAACAUUUAAUCCUCUGGUCCAUCCAAGA